AUGCGGUCGUCGUCAAGGCGAGACAGAUGGAUGACUGACCGGAAGACGUCGCUCGACGCGGUGACGGUGGCGCAGUGCCCGGAGGCGAGAGCGAUCGCGGAGGAUUUGUUGACGACGGAACUCCCGGGAGGGGUGGCGCGAAGAGCGCCGUUCGCGUGGAGGUACGGGAAGUGCGACGCGAGGCACUGGAGCGAGGCGCACGGACGCCUGGCGACGUACCUGAAGGAAGCGGCGCGGGACGCGCGUGGGGAGAGAGGUUUGGACAGGGAAUGGAGCGAGCGGACGUUCGCUGGGGUGAAUUGGAUCUUGGACUUUAUGCGGGAGAUCGUGGAGCACGCGGGCGAGGGCUCCGCGGUGUUCCCGCACGGCGACGCGGCGGUCCCGUGGUUGGAGACGCAUCAGACGUGCGAGAGCGCGCUUCGCUUACUCGCCGCGGCGACGCGAAGAUCUGUCGUUGGAAAAACGAUGAGGCAUGAAUACUUCACGUCGGACGCGUUCAAGAGGGUGCGAACUCUGCUGUCGAUGAUUGAAGAUAGCAACCUCAACACCGGCGAAGAGUACAGUAUUCUGGAUCCAGACAUACACACUGAAGAGCUUUACGACAAUGGACGUCAUACGUUCUCUUCUGAGUUGUCUUGUCAUUUCACCGUGACUUGGGAUCCGGACAUGAACGGCGGGUCGUUGACGCUUUCAGCGUAUUACGGUGAAUUCAAUUUGCCAAUCGUUCCCGAACCGUUGCACUUUGAUGUCGAGAUCGCCGCCGGAGAAUGGCCGGACGAGCAGAAGAUGCUGAACGAUUUAAUGCGUCGCGCGGAUAAAAUGGUACAAUCGGACUUUUGGGCAGCGCCGUUGGAGAAGUGGGGGAUUUCUCACGAGGAAUUUGCAAACGGCGCGGCUCUCGCAAUUUUUCAAGCAAAGAUGCGGACAUGGAAACGGGUUCUCAGGAGCACGCGAGAGGGACGGGAGACGUGCGCUUGCCUGGCAGUUCUCGCGCAACAGAUAAUCAUUCAUUUAGGCAAGACUCAAGACGCGACUGAGUUCGAUCGGUUCACGGAGAACGCGCAGACGCACGUCAUCGUGCUGUUAGAGCUCAUGGAAAACAAUUUAGCUUUGAAAACCUCGUCAAUGCUUCGACGGGACGCCACAAACUGCAUGAGUGCGUUUGCGAACGAACGAGUAUGUGGAUUCCACGUGUGCCAAAUCCUCAGACGGGCGGCUGGGCGGGAUUCUUUGUAUCAGUGCGUCUCGACUAUGGCGUCGAAUCUGCUCUCGGCUGGUGAAAGGGGGGCGCUUAGCUUCGAUCUCAUUCGAGAUGCGCGAAGUCUCAUGCACCUCAUUGGUAUUCUCAGCACCUCGACGCCAGGGUGCGCGGCGAUACGAGAUGCGAAUUUACUCCCUCUUUUGGUAUCGAUGCUAAACUUGGAGCGCGCCGAGGCGGUGCCAGUAACCGUAGACGUGGUGCACACGAUAGAGUCUUACUUGGAUUUUCAACCGAAUACAGUGCCGGCAUUCAGAGAUCUGCAAGGCGUGGAACUGAUAUCGAAGCGAAUGCGGCACGAGGCGCUCGCUUGUGUCGAGGAAUUGAAAAUUGCCGGAUGUCUCGAUGAGAACGGUGAUAGAAAACGCAAAGCGGACAGCUUAUCUAGCUUAGAACACGCCGAGGCGUCGUGCGCUCCGUCGACUAGCGAGGUACCGCGAAAGUACGCCGAUUAUGAUAGACGCGUGUUGCUCAAAGCGCUCAUGCGUACUUUAGCAUACACGAGCUUUUCUCAUGGAGGGACGCGGACGCGCAUUCCGGGACUCGCCGAUGGCAGUCUAACGGACACGCUCGCAACAAUUCUGAAGUAUCCCCUCAGGUUCGGUCCAGGGGUAUCGUCUUUGGCUGCUAACCUGUUGUGCGAUGUCAUUCACAACGAACCAACGUGCUAUGCAACUCUAGAUGACGCCGGGAUCAUAGAUGCAUUUCUUAAACUCAUAACAGAGACGAUGUGGCCGCUCGGGCGUGGGAAGCAUAUGGCGAAGGUACUCUGUGCGCUACCCACGACGAUCAGCGCCAUCUGCUUGAAUGGAAAAGGGCAAGAGAAAGUUUUACAGACAUCUGCGCUCAUAUGUUUUCGGAAGAUGUUUCAGGAUGCCUCGUUCCCGUUGAACUCUGACACGGCAAAGGUGGUCGGGUCCGGCAUAAACGAGACGCUCCGACACAGUCCUGCGUUGAAAGAUGUUGGCGUGGAUAUCGUGACCAAGAUAUUAGCGGACCUACAGACGGCAUCUCAUAAGACUACUAGUGCAGAAGGAUGGUACGAGCACGCGUUUGUGUCGAAGGAGGUCGUCGAACAAAUGCCGAUUGUCAAAGCGAUGCAUAACGUCGCUAGAUUCUUGGAUGGUAUUCUUCAAACUUCACACGUAUGCUCACCUAUUGUCCAAGCUGGUGGUUUAGAGUCGGUGCUUGACAUAUUCACUUGCCCAAUGCCGGUCGAAUUCAUGCAGUGUUCGAGCUAUCAAGCCAUUUGUGUCGCGUGCAAAGCACUAGUCAAUCCAAUCGAUGGGCACGUUGUGAACGGUAACCCGCUGGAAAGCCAGGAUAAUCUGAUGCGCGCGUGCAGAAGCGUGAUUAAGAAAGUCGUGCUUUCAGCGGAGAGGCUUAGUCAGGAGCUAAUGAGAUUCUCCGAUACGAUAAGUCGAGAUGGGCGUAUAGAAACAUUUUCAUCGUAUGACAUUCAUUGUCGGUCGUUGAAUGCCAAAUCCAAGAGAGCACAUAUUGCCGAGGAAGUGAUGUUUUGUGAAAGUGCCAAGAAGCUUUCCGAGCUCAUGGCGGCUCACGAGCGAAUCUGUGAUUUGUUAAUGAAACUUGUUCAGGAAAUGCCGGCGAUGUGCUGCGCAAUCAUGGCGGAUCUGAAUGAGCAGGGAGAAGGAUCCACGUUGUUUGUGUCGGCGUUGAGCGCUUUUGGUGAAGCGGCGAAAAUACAGGCAAUGUUUCGUAAGGUGAGUUUAACGGUGGAACAGAAUCAGCAUAGAUAUUCUCCGGUGUAUUGGUUGAAUCGCGAAGCGGAACGCUUCAUGCAAUCGACGAGUGCCCUAUUCGCCUCGGUAACGAAGGCAUCGACGACCAUGCGUCGUCGAAAGGACUUGAGCAGAGAAUCUGCGCAAAAAUAUAUCACCAGUAGCGGUGGUGCCGUCUGGGAAAUUGCGUCCGGGAUUCAUAAUUAUCUUGAGCGACAUUCACUUGAAACAUUUUCGUUACGUCCGUUUUCGGAGGACGAAACUCAGUACAAGUUGGACUAUUACGAGCAAUACUUGCAAUCGUUCCUCGCUCUCAUCUACGACGCAUUCUUUGACGAACGAAGGAAUUCUCCUAACGGAAUAAUGGUGAGCUAUGCCGCUCGUUCUGGACUUUUCGACAGAUUGUACGACUAUUUCCGAAUGCGCGUCGAAUCGACUCAAUUUUUCGUCAAGCGGACACAAUUGGAUACGACGGAGUGCUACCAGACAAUGCGCUGCUUUGCACGUCUUUUUGCGGGGGUUUCUGAUGUUAAAAUGAUGACUUCGACGAAUACGCACAAACUCGCACUUUCGACAAGCUUACCCGCGUACGUCAACAAAGAAGACCAACGUCACGCUUGGACGCAGUACGAGCAUAUUUCGGAGGCGUUCAACGAUUCGAGAUCCGGGAUUGAUUGGAUCCAUUGUUCUUUGAAUGACGCAUUGCAGUGCCUAUGGGCACCGGAAAAUGAAGACUUUGCCCGCAGGGCAGAUGUACAGGCAGAGACAAACAUCCCGGAUGUUUUCGUACAGUGCAUGCUGCACAUCCUCGGCGGAAGCGAGCAAGCAGGUCCGACUGAGUCACGCCGUGCGGCACCCGCCCCUCCGGUGCAACAGCAAGAGCCGGCGCAGUAUGUCCCAUCGAACGAAAUGAUGGAUGCUAUAUGUGAAAUGGGUUUCAGCAGGGGACAUGCGCAUCACGCUCUCAUGGCCGUGCGUGGCGCAAGUGUGGAGCGAGCGCUAGAACAUUUACUGACUCGACCCAUGGAUGAUGUUCCCGUCGAGCUACCUCCACCACCAGGACCUGAGGCGCAUGAGGUUGACGUGUCGGUGAAGGAACCAACGAGGCCGACAGUUACCCAAGUUGCGUUGAACAGUGAACACACUCAUGCCGUUCAGGGACGUCUGCCUAAAAUGGAUGACUUGGUGAAUGCGCUGUAUGCGUACCAUCAUGUCAGCGCACACAACGGUGCGCUCCUCAUGCUCAAGUUUAUCGAUGCGCAUCAACUGAUUGGACUGAGUCGUGAGGAGUGCACGAAAACUAUUAUUACUGAGCUCGUGCGCAGCCGUGGUGACCACCGAGGUGACGACGCAUGCGGUGUGCAGGCAUCGUGCGAAAGCAAACUGUACGCUUUCGUUGAUGCAUUGGCGCGACAAGGCGAUGAAACCAUCAGACAGGCACUGUGGGGGGACCCGUCGCUGAUCAAUUCUCAGAUUGAUAAAUUUUGCUCAACAGCUCGUGCAUCGUGCAUCGGUAGCGUGGAAGAGUGGCCGUCAAUCUUCACGACGAUGGCAAACUGUGUUGACACCGCUGCGUGUCUUCAGAAGGUUGACAGCAAGACUUACUCAAAAUCUGGCUAUCUGUCCAAAACGCAUAUGUUCUCCGUAGCAGAUGCGUGCGUCCAGUGUCUAUUGACAAUCAUCAAGGAGAAAGGCGCUGAAACGUGCGUGUUCAGCUCCCUCUCAACGCAGGCUGCAAUUCUUGAUCUUCUGGCAAAUUUAUCUCGCGACGUUGGCGUGGCGGAAAGAAUCAUCAACAUGCUCAACUCAGUUGAUGCGGGCAAAAACUUCGCGGAAACGUUGUUCGAUCACUUCUGGAACAAAGAUCACGAUAGUGUCUCGGUCAUUCUCAGACAUCUCAUCGAUGACAAAAAAUCUUUGCAGUCGGCGAUGGAGCUUGAAAUCAUCAAGAGCAUCACGAAGCCACCGCUAGGCAGAGAUUUCAAGGUUGCUCUCAAAACUUUCGGAACUGCUAUGAAACACAUCGUCGAGAGAGAUUAUGAAGUGUUUCAAAAAGCGUUCGCGCGCGUCGCUGAAGUCAUGCCGACAGGCGAAGUUUCUGCUAGCGAUCGUCGUUUUGUGGUUCCGAAAGAAAUACUCAAGGAAUUAGAUUCGCUUCCAGAAGUGAAGCCAUCAAAACACCUUAAAACAGUUGUUGAGAUGCUUUUUAAGACGGCAACCGCGUCGAUAGUAGAUAAUGCGGGAACGGUGUUCAUUUCCGCGCAUGAGCGACAAGCCGCGGCUUACCGCAUGCUGUCCGAGCUAAUCGAAGUUCACCCAUCCAGUGUGAAGUUCAUCAUGAAGCUGGAUGCCGACAAAAACGCCUUCGAGAAUAUACUGCUCCAGCAGUUUCCACUAGCAAGGACGGGUAAAGGCGUUUGGUGUGGAUGCGAAAACGCCGCGUUUUUCAUGGCAAGUCUGUGCGUCAACAACACGAAAGCGCGCAACAGGAUAGUAGAAUGCCUUAUACAGCUCAUGAACGAGUCGCACGCAUCAGCCGAUUAUCCAAAACAUGCAUUUGUCGAUCUGUUGCACGCGCUCAUGGAUUAUGGCCUCGCACGCGGUUAUCAGAGUGGAGAACGAAUCAAAAAUCGCACGGUAUUCAAUCUUCAGCAAGGCGUGCUGAAAACCAUGUACAAUUUGAAGGUGCCAGAGCGACUGGUGGCACUUAUCAGUGAAAUGAAGGUUCAGGACGGCAGGUUGACAGGCAACUCUGGGUUCCUCCGCGUGACUUUAGCCGUCCUAGAGGCGCUCGUAAUGAGAUCGGCGAGGACUAAGCAUGCAACCCGACUAGAUCGUAUAGGUCAUGUGGUGCGGCACGCUAGAGAGAGAGUCACGGCUCAACUGGCACGUGCUGAGGAUCCACAACACAUGCAGCAAGACGAAGAUUUGUUUCAGAAUCUCUUACAGAUUAGCAACGAAGAAGAAGGAGUGGGCCGUUUUGAAGAUUUCGUACGGCGCGUUAAUACUGAAAUCGAUGCCCACGUUGCCCGCAUCUUGACGCCAGACGACGAGCGCGUCGCACAAGAAGCCGACAUGGAUGUUGACGAAGAUCCCGAAGUCGGUCAUGACAUCAUCGAUGCAGACGACGAAGAUGAAGACGAGGAUGAGGGGUCUGACGAGGAUGAGGACGAGGACGAGAACAUCAUGGCGCACGAUUUCUUUAGGAACGGAUCAGAAGAGGAAGAGGAUGACGAAGAAGAAGAAGAUGAUGAUGAUGAAGAAGAUGAAGAAGAUGAAGAAGAAGAAGAAGAAGAAGAAGAAGAAGAAGAAGAAGAAGACGCACAGUUAGUCGAACCUGUGGAAAUCGUCUCAGAUGAUGGCUUGUACGACGACGAGGACUACGACGGAACGUAUGAAGGUGUCACUGACGACGACGAUGAAGUUGACAGCGAAGAAGGGGAUUACGAAGAACCCGAAUCGCCGCUUACAUCUUUUGUGUCAUCAUCCGGUGUGCGAGUGUUACCGCGAGUCACGAAUUCUUCUAUCUCCGCCGCAAGACCGCUCGUAAACGAGAGUAACCAAGUUUCUCGCACUCAAGUCGAAAAUUGGUUUGCGACGGAUUACUCCAGUGCUCUGGCCGGGGUCGACCCAAGAGUCGAGGCACAAUCGGUCAACGAGUUGGAAAUAGCUGGUGGACGACGAUUGAGCGUGUUGGACGGAGCCGAAGGCGGACAGGUUGCGGAGAACGGCUCACAACGUCAAUCGCUGCCGUCUGCUUCGUCUAGAGGGAACGCGCGACAGGAAUAUUUGGGCGGCGGUAUCUGGUCAUCCGGUCCUAGAGAUGAGUUUGCGUCCGUGAACCUCGAAGGUGUGAAUGUGCAGCGUGUUGGCUCAAAUUUGAACAUUACUCUCUCGACACCGCUGGAUUUCAGCGCGAGAUCUCGCUCACUUCAUGAUGUACUCACCACUAUCAGUGGGGAGAUGGCUCGUCUGACCGUGCGUCCGUCUCACAUGGAGUUUUUGGAUCCAGCCUCUUCUGCUAAAGCGAUAUUGUGGCUAGGUGACGGUACUUAUCAGGCACACGCGCCUGAGGCAUUCCAAGUUCGCAAUCAGACGUGCUGGAGCCUUGAUGGCAGACAUGCCCGAGCGAGUUUCUGGUCGCGUAGCAAUGCGACAAGCGUCGGGAACUCAAUCGCUACGGAUGAAAACUUUUUGGUUCCUCAAGAAUCGAUCAAGGUACCCGUGAAGGCCACCCAAGCUCUUGGCGACAUCGCGGAAAAACAACCGGUCCUCGAACCCAACACCCCGACGGAAGCCGACGAAUCGCCCGAGGAACGCACAGCGCGCCAGCGAGCAAUUGCUAUCUCACUGAACAUCGAAGCAAAUGAACUCGCCAUGGUUUCAGAAGAUCUUCGCGAUGAGUUCUUGGAGGCAAACAUGGUUGCUUCUCGAGCUCGCGAAGAGGGCGGCGAGUUUGCUCAGGCAAACCUGUCUGAACUAUGCGCAAUCGACGCGGAGUUUCUGGUUGCCAUGCCACGAGAGAUUCAGCGCGAACUGAUUCGUAAUACUGCCACGGUGGCGAAUAGAGUGUUAGCAAGAGCAGGGCGCGCAGAGAAUCAAAACGAUGGUCGUACAGAUAGAUCAUCUGAGUCCGCCCAAGCGCUGUUGCGUUCCAUGGUCGCUCCAUUUGAAGGAUGGAUGCAUCAAGAUAUCGAUCGUAUUGGAGGAGUAUCUCCGAGCUCUCAGCAAACCGGACGAGCCAGUGACUUCAAACCAUUUAAGUGUCAGAUCGAGCUAGGGGUAUCUCAUAUUAGGAUAUUGCUAGGACUGUUCGCGCUGCAGAAUUUGGAGUUGAAGGACACGUUGAGUAAAAUUUGCGUCAACUUGUGCGUGGUAGAAAGCAACCGAAACAUAAUGCUCCGCGACAUGUUUGAAACAAUGUUUUCGUGUACGCCGUUGUACCCUGUGCAGCAAGACCAUACUCAGGGUGCACGAUAUCAAGCCAUGAGAGUGAGUGACGGUCCGUCUGCCACACUGGCGAGGAGAUUGUUGGCACUGCUGUUGCAAUUGCUUACUCGGAACAAAAACGUCCAAGGAAUGACCGUAGUGCCAAAGAUCUCAACGAAGUGUUUGAUUCCAAUCCUCACGUCGGACGAUGCGCCUAGUAUGUCCCCUUCAGACUUGGGAACAGUCGAGAAACUCAUCGACGUCGCGUCUGAAGCGACGCAAACAGCCAACGAUGGUACAUCCACCGCAGACAUCUCCAUAUUAGUGAUACUUCUCAGGAUGCUCGUUUAUGAAGUGAAAUUUUGGCGGAGUACGUUCGAUCAGAAGGCUGUUGAGACCUGGUGCUCUUGUCUAGACGUAUACUUGACGAAACACGCGGCUGUGAAGCGGUCUUUGGGCGAAUCUACGGUUUUCAGCGAGGUCCUACCUAAGUUUCCUCAUUUGGCGGCAGAUCUCGUGACGUAUCUCAGCACCCCUUACCUCACGUCGAAUGCAUAUGAAAAAAUCUACAGUGUACUCGAAAAGAUUUCUCGAGCCUGUCCGGAGAGUGUCACUGUCGCAAUUCUUGAACGUAUUCAUGUCGACGCAGGAAAAUGUGCAGAUGAUGUCGUGGCUAACGGAGCAGCAGUGGUUGCGAAUGCGGAACCACACGACUCAUGCAUUUCUCUUGAGGAGUCGGAAAAGAUGGCUCAAGCACGGAGUACAGUCAAAGAGCAAGUUCCACUUUUGCUUCGUCUUACAGAAUGCUUCGUGCAGGUUCUUCGAUUUCAUUCAAGGACGGAAGAUGGCGCCGAUAAUCCACUCGAUACGAGAAUCAGAGACGAACUUGUGCGAUACCACCAUCAGCUGCGUCCAUUUUGGGCGAUGCUUAACACGCAUGCAGUGCUGACGCGGAACAGACCCAUCGACUUUACGCGAACAAGUCACGCCGCUACGCUCACAGAAGGUAUCACUGCGUACUUGACUCUCGGAACAAACCUAUUUCCGUUCCUUGAGGGCGAGAUCACAAAGAACAGGAGGGAGUCUGGUUCUUUUGUUCUCCCUACGCCGAGUAUACUGCGGGCACCAUCGCCGGCUCUUGGACGACACGGCGCUCGCAGCUCAUCGUUGCAGCGCUCUUCAAGUCAUGCGCUCGAGGCUCUUUCUAACGCGGGAGGUGCAAACGCGCAAACCGCUGUCAUUUUGAGCGACCUUUGGGUCUUUGUAGAAGCACAUAAAGAACUACUGAACGGAUUACUGAAGGCGAAUCCUCAACUACUGUCUGGGUCUAUGAGGAUUCUACUGCAUAACCCGAGAUUACUUGAUUUCUCAGUGAAACGAGCCGAGGUUCGAUCGCGCAUCAAGAAGCUUCGAGAACGCUCUGUGAAUCGACCGGAGAAUCGACAGUUGCACAUAAGAAGAGAUCGCAUCCUCGAAGACUCGUUCCGUCAGCUCAGCAAUCGGAGUGUGGAUGAGAUUCGCGGUAAGUUGAGUAUCGUUUUCGUUGGUGAAGAAGGAUUGGAUGGCGGCGGUUUGAUCAAGGAAUGGUUCAGCAUUCUGGCCAGAGAAGUGUUCAAUCCCAACAUUGCUCUCUUCGAACUGUCGCACGACAAGGGCUGCUACCAGCCGAACCCAAACAGUGUGGUCCACCCAGAGUACCUCAGUUACUUCCGCUUUGUUGGUAGACUCGUGGGUAAGGCGCUCGUGGACGACAUCCUUCUUAAUGCGUACUUCACACGGCCGAUCUACAAGCACUUACUCGGUCAAGCUCUCACGUACGAAGACAUGGAGGGCGUCGAUCCUGAUUAUUACAAGAGUCUGAAAUGGAUGUUGGAGAACUCGAUCGACGGUGUGAUGGAGUACACAUUUAGUGAAACGACUUCGUAUUUCGGUGAGACUCAGGUGUACGAUUUAGUCGAAAACGGGCGGCACAUCACCGUGACUGAUGAAAACAAAUUUGAGUACGUCAAUCUAGUCACAGCGUAUCGGAUGACGAACGCCGUGAAAGAUCAACUCGCUGCGUUUGUAAAGGGCUUUGAGGAGGUGGUCCCGAGGGAGACUAUUUCUCUGUUCAACGCAGCCGAACUCGAGUUGAUGAUUAGCGGUACCCCAGAUAUCGAUGUAGAAGAUUUGUACGCGAACACUGAGUAUACAGGUUUCAACGUCGGGUCGAGACAGAUUCGUUGGUUCUGGGAUAUCGUUCGAGAAAUGUCCAAAGAGGACUUGGCACGUUUGCUCAUGUUUUGUACGGGCACGUCUAAAGUUCCCCUUGAGGGGUUCAGCGCGUUGCAGGGGAUGCAAGGUCCCCAAAAGUUUCAAAUUCAUCGACAACACGCAGAUGACUCCAAGCUGCCAUCGGCGCAUACUUGCUUCAACCAACUCGAUUUGCAUGAGUAUAGCUCAAAGGAAAUCCUUCGAGAGCGUCUAUUGUACGCGAUCGUCGAGGGGUGCGAAGGAUUCGGUUUCAUUUAG